AUGAACAUUUCAUUAUAAUAAUAUGAUGAAUAAUAAAAUUCAGAGAGAAUUGAUACUCAAUUUCACAAAUAAACACAGAAUAUAUUUAGACACUAAUUCUCUUAAUAUUAAUUCAAUAAUACUUGGAGACUUAAUGGAUUUAAUAUAAUUAUAAUUGUUCUUAAAUUUAUAUAAGCAAUUACUAAACAAACCUUUAACAAUUCCUUUAAACUCCUUAAUCGAUAAUUUUUCAAAUUACUCAAAGAUAACACUGCUGAUUAUAAUUUUUAUUUACAUAGAGGCCAUUUUGCAUAAGCCAAACCUUAAUCUUUUAUGAUCAGAUUUGAUCAAAAAGUGAACUUCCUUCAAUGUAGUUACUUUUAUUAAUUUAGAUUAUAGAAGAAAUUACAUCAAAAGGAUUAUGCAAUUUUUUUUAUUGGAGCCAGACGAUACAUUAAUUAUUUUUUGGAAUAUAUAUUUAUUGUGUAUUGUUACAAUAAAUGUAUUUUAUGUUUCUUUAAGAUUAUCUUUUGUAGAGAUUGUUGAAAUGGAUUGGCUCUUAAAAGACUUUAUAUUCGAAUAACUACCUAGUUAUUCAUUUUUAUUAGAAAUCCUUAUCAAAUUCAAUACUUGCAUAUAUAGUAAAGGCGUUCUUAUAAAAAAUAGAAAAAGAUUAAUAAAGCGAUACUUAAAGCAAGAAUUUUUAAUUGAUUUGGUUCUGAUAAUUCCAUUUUUUAUUGGAAGGCAAUUUGAUUUUAUUUAUUUAGAUCUUGUAAUAAUUUUAAAAGUGUUUUAAAUAUCAAAACUAACUAAUUCAUUAUUUAAUCGUUUGGAAUUGACAUAACAACAAACAACUAUUUUUGAGUUAAUAAAAUUGAUGUAAUAGAAUAUUAAUAAUAGAGUUUUUUUAUCCUAUUAUGUGCUCAUUUUUCAGCUUGUAUAUGGCAUAAAUUAGGAGUAUGGGGAGAUUGGGGAAAUAAAAAUACAGAAACGUGGUUGAUAAAAGAAUAAUUGUAAGAUUUCAUGUGGAUUGAUAAAUAUGUCGUUUCAUUUUAUUGGAGUAUAGUUACUAUGACAACUAUUGGUUAUGGUGAUAUAACUCCAGUAAAUUUAACUGAGAGAAUAUUCUGUAUUAUAAUGACAUUAAUAUCUACUGCAACAUUUGCUUAUUCAGUUAAUAGUAUUGGAUAGAUAUUUUAAGAUAUGUCAAAACAAUCUGUUUAAUUUAAAACUAAUAUGAAUAGUUUGAAUAAAUUCUUAAAAAAAUAAAAAGUAUCAGCAUCAUUACAGAUAAAAUUCAGAAGAUAUUUUGAAUAUUUUUGGAGCAAACCCUCUUAAGAAGUAAUCCAAUUUCAAGAUUAAAUUCCUCAAUAAUUAAAGGAUUAAAUGAUUGUUGAUAUAAAUAUUAAAUUACUAAAAUAAUUAGAUUUAUUUAAGUAAUUUAGUAAUUCUUUAUUGGUUACUCUUUGUUUAUAAUUUAAAGAAUUAUAAUUAUAACCAGAUGAAUAUCUAUUUAAAUCAAACAAUCUAGCUGAUAAGUUAUAUAUUUUAGUAAAUGGAUAAAUAGACUUACACUUAAUAAUAAAUAAGAAAAAAAGAAUUCUUGAAAAAUUAAAAACUCCUUGUUUGGUUGGCUAACUUAAUUUUAUACUUAAUAAUGAAUAUAAUUAUGAAGCUAUUGCUACUAAGAAUACAAAAUUAUUAGCAAUUGAUCGAUAGACACUUCUUGAUAAUAUAAAAUAAAGUGAAAUAGAUUAUGUAUUUAUAUAAUUUUAUUGAACAGGAAAUCUAUAAAAACUUUGAGGAAGAUAUUAGAUUACAAAAAUAAUAUGAGAAAAUUUCAAUUUAAUGUUAAAUUUGUCGUAAAUCAAAACAUUUCAUCCUUGAUUGUCCUCUUCUUAUUGGAGGUUUAAAUAGAACAAAAGUAUUAUAUCAAUUAAGACAUAAUGUACCUCAAGAUAGAAUUAAUAGAUUAAGAAAUAAUUAUGAUAGAAGAAUAUCAACAAAGAAACAUCAUUUUCUUGUUAUGGAAAGUGUAGUAUAAUAUAUAAUGAAGAAUGAUGAGAUGUGUAAUUUAGAUGGAAUCAAAGAAUGUAAAUAUUAUAAUAUACAUUUUAGAAUUGCAAGCAGCAAUCAAAUCCUAAUAAUAAUAUGAAGAAAAGAUAUCUUAUGCUCUAUCUAAUUAAUUUAUUAAACCAAUAUCACAAUUACAAAUUGUACCAACUUCUAUUAAUUGUAUAUCUCAUUAAUCUCUUCAUAAUACUCAAUUAAUUAAUAAAAAUAAUUCAAUAAAAUAACAUCAAGAAGUUCCAAUAGAAAAAGAUCAUCAAUUUGGAACUUUGAGUAAAUCUUAGGAUAUUCAUUUAUUAACAGGUCUCAAUAGUUAAAAAAUACAAACAACAUAAGAAGAACCAUAAACUAAAGAAGAAAGAUCAGAUGAAAAUAAGUUCUCAUUAAAUAUUAGUGAAUAAUUACCAUAAAUUGAAAAAUAAUCAAAUCCAAUGUUACCUUCAAAUGAGACUGAUAUAAAAGAGCAAAGAGUCUUAAAUAAAAGAAAUUCAAUUAGAUAAAAAUUUGAAAGAAAACAUACAGAUCAGUAUGAUACUGUGAAAAACAAACAAAAAUUAAAUAAUAAAUUAUUAAAUGAGGGAGAAGAGAAUAUCGAAAGAUUUAAUAAAUAAUCUAGAAAUAAUAAUAAUUAAUAAAUAUUAUCUUAAUAAUAGAAAAAGAAUCCUUUUUAAUAACAAAUAAUAAUGAGAAAAUAAAGUAUAUAAGAUUAUUUAAUCUAAAAUGAUAAGGCUUAAGAAAUUCUAUAUAAUAAAUAAAGUAAAUUAGAUGAAUCACAUUUCGAACUAGAAUAUUCAAUAAGUUAAGAAUCUAUUAAAAAUAGCAAUCUUAAACCUAACAUUGAAAUAUACUAAGUUGAUAAUAAAAGUGAUUAAGGUUAAGAUAUUAAUAAAAAAUAAUCAAUUAAUAAAAUAAAUACUAAAAUAGUUGAUGAAGAUGAUGUAUCAGAAGAUGAAAAUCAUUUAACUAAUUAAUAUUUAGAAGAAUAAAUGUUAAAAAAUAAAUAAAGGUUUACUGAUAAGUAGAUUACUUUUCAAGAAACUACUUAAAAUUAAAUUUGGUAUCAUCCAUAAUAAGUCUAGUUUGAGAAAAUUAAAUAAAAAGAAGAAUAGUUACAAUAAUAAAAAGAAAGACAAUAAACUCUUAAUAUAAAUAAUAAAGAAAGUAAAGAAAAUAAAGAUAUUAAUAAUUUCAAUAUUUAAAGAGGAUUAACAAUUAAAGUAACAUCUGAAGAUUCUUCAGAUGAAGAUAUAAAUGGAUAAAAAUUAAUUAGAGGAUAAUAUCUUGAAAUUUUUAAUAAUUUUGAAAUAGUCAAGGAAUUCAAAUGCUAUUAUCCUAAUAAUAACAUUUCUUAAAUCCUCUUUUUGGUAUAAAUUUAUAUUUAUAUUAGUUAUAUAAAAAUAAUUUGAAUUUAUCCCAAAAUUUUAUGAAUAAAAAAAAAUUUAAAAAGUAAGAUACGAUUAUGAACCUACUAAAAUAAACAUAGCAUCUCAUUAGAAAAAGUUAAUAAUGA